AUGUUCAGUGACCAACAAGAGGCCCCACUGAUGUUCGUUUCUGGCAGCCCUCGAACGGGUAUCACACAGCCGCAAUUUGAUCCUACUGAACCGCACCUCCUAUACGCGGCUUAUCGAGGAAGUGGGACAGGAUCGAUCUAUUCAUGGGAUGUCUGCUCGAACAUUGAUGCACCUCUCGAGAUUUUAUGGACGCCUGCAGCCACCGCGAAUGUGAAUGCAACAAUGAACCAAGAAUUGCGGUUUGAUCUUGAUAUCGCAGGGAGGAUGUUGGGUGUUGGGGACCAGCUAGACAAUGUUUCCCUCUUCGACCUCAAAUCCGCCGACAGUGUGGAUUGUAACGUGCGCGACGUGGGGACGGAAGAGGGACCUUCGGUCCAACAACCGGCACUCGUAUAUGACGCACACGACGUGCUGCUGACUGCGCCGGGUCCCCGCCAUCUCACUGAGAAUGAUAAGGAUGAAGACGCAGCUGAAUCUUCCGAGGAAGGAAAUACUGAUGCCAUGGGACUUACUGAUAGGAGGAAGAGAACGGCUCAACAGUCGAACCUUUCAGGCCCUAUUACUUUCGACUCCAGUAUCAAGUCGGCCUUCUCCCUUUCCUCUUUGUUUUGCACGGCCUUCUGA